AUGCCUCACAAGUCAGCCAUCGUGGCCCUGGCUCUCACCCUUGCCCUCGCCUUGUGCUUUACUCUGGGCGCCGGAACCAGUAUCACGCUUGACGGCGCGGGCAGUACCAACUCGGGCGGCAUCUUCCAGGUCUGGACCAAGAGCUAUCGCUUCAGCCGCGACGAUAUCACUGUGCGCUAUGCCGAGGCAGGGGCCACCGCGGCCCUUACUCAGUACACUCAGGGCCUUCUGGACUUCGUGGUCACAGACCGGGGCAUUUCCACCUCGCAGGCGGAAGAGUACGCCAACCUCGUACAGUUCCCCGUGGCCGGACAGGCCAUGGUCAUCGGCUACAACUUGCCGGAGCUCAACUCCACCGACUCCACCCUCGUACGGAUCCUCUCUCUCAGCGCGGUCAAGCACGAUCGGGGCUACGGUAAUAUUUUAACUCCGAUGAUCGCGCAGAUUUUGAAUCGUACGGUGCUGGCUGAGAUAUGGGGUGGCCAGAUCACCACUUGGGACCACCCGGCCAUACGCGACCUCAACCCCGACAUUGCCGCCAAGCUGCCUUCGCAGACGAUCUUCGUCGGCUACUCCGACUCCAGCUCUGUGCUAUCGUUCCCCGAGGUCUUCAAGCUCACGCUGGAGAGCUUCUCGGACGAUUUUAAGGCGCAGUUCGCUGCGGUCAACCGGACGUUCAGCCAACUUCCGCCCGCCCUCAACGGCAACGCCGCGAGCGCCGGCGGCUCGUCCCCCGCUCGGGCCGUAUGGUUGCAGGGCCGCCCGUACGGCUUGACAUACCUCAACUACGCUGAGCUCACCGGCAACGCCUCAGCAGCGCGUAUGGUCAACAAGGCCGGCACCCUGGUGUCGCCCACCGUUGAGGCCAUUCAGUCCGCCAUGGCUGAAUACGAGGAUGGCGAUUUCACGGUGGACAUCCUCGACGCCAACGGAACCGAUUCGUGGCCCAUGGCCUACCUCACCUUCUUUGCCAUGGACCAGAACGUGUCCACCGCUGACUGCACGAACGUGCAAGAACUGCUCAACUUUGUGGCCUGGAUUCACACCAACGAAGAGGCAUCGACGGUGGCGAUCGAGACCAGCGUGGCGCCGUUGGACGUGAGCCUCCGCAAGAAGCUCAUCAACCUGCUCAACACGGUCCAGUGCAACGGUGAGGAGGCGUUCUCCACCUCGGUGCUCGUGGCCGCCGGCGCGCAGCUCACGCUUAUCAACACCUGGGCGUCGUCCUGGUCGAGCGACCAGGGCAAGCUCAAGUACUACGAUGACUCGUCUGCUGUCGCCAAGGCCCAGCUCGUGAACUACAACAUUGACUUUGGAGUGUCGGGGGACGCUCUGGGCGAUGGCUGGGACCAGCUGAUCGAAGACGCCGCCCUGCUACCGCUCGCAGCGCUUCCUUUGUACGACGCCACCGCCGCGCUGCAGGCGAGCAGGCAGGGCUACGUGCUCGCCACGGUUGCCGCCACACUCGAGGCCGACUACCUCACCGCGCUCAAGGCCUUCACCUGCGACGGCGUGACCGUGAGCUCGCUGGCCAAUUGCAUCAGCGAUGACGGGCGCCUCUGCUCCAGCGCCGGCUCCUGCAUCAACAGCCGGUGCGACUGCCAGUCGGGCCGGACCGGCACCUACUGCGAGCAUUUCGUUGACUCCUCGAGCGUCUCCGACACCAAUUGCCGUCGUCGUCGGCGCAAGGGCCAGGUCCAGGACGACUGGGAGAUCCGGUACGACGAGCUCGAAGUCGGCGAGCACCUGGGCACGGGCGGCUUCGGCGACGUCAGCCGGGCCACGUGGAAGGGCACCGAGGUGGCUGUCAAGGUCAUGGCCUCCGACCGCGUCACAAAGGACAUGGAGCGGUCCUUCCAGGAAGAGGUGCGGGUGAUGACCUCGUUGAGGCAUCCCAACGUGGUGCUGUUCAUGGCGGCGUGCACCAAAGCGCCCAAGAUGUGCAUCGUCAUGGAGUUCAUGAGCCUCGGCUCCCUCUUCGACUUGCUGCACAACGAGCUGAUUCCGGAGCUGCCGUUCGCGCUCAAGGCCAAGAUGGCCUACCAGGCCUCCAAGGGCAUGCACUUCCUCCACUCGUCGGGCAUCGUGCACCGCGACCUCAAGUCGCUCAACCUGCUGCUCGACGCCAAGUGGAACGUCAAGGUGAGCGACUUUGGCCUCACCAAGUUCAAGGAGGACAUCGGCAAGAGCGGCGGUGGCGGGUCGCGCGAUGUGGCCGGCAGCGUGCACUGGACGGCGCCCGAGGUGCUCAACGAGUCGGCCGACGUCGACCUGAUCCUGGCCGACGUGUACAGCUUCGGCAUCAUCCUGUGGGAGCUGCUCACCCGCGAGCAGCCCUACAUGGGCCUCAGCCCGUCGGCCGUGGCCGUGUCGGUCAUCCGCGACGGGCUGCGGCCCGCCAUGCCCGACAACGCUGACGGCGCGUGGCCCGUGGAGUUCGACGAGCUGAUCACGAGCUGCUGGCACCACGACCCGACCAUCCGCCCCACAUUCCUCGAGAUCAUGACCCGCCUGUCGGCCAUGCACGGCGACUCGACCUCGGCCGGCGCCUACACCUCCAGGACCGGCUCGUCGUCGUCAUCGGGCGGCGGCCGCACGGCGCCCAAGCAGCCAGGGAGCAUGUACGGGUCGUGGACCCUGCCGUCGGCCACCACGUCCUCCUCCAACGGGUCGUCCCACUCGUCGCACGGGUCGGCCCACGCGGUGGCCGCGGCCGCGGGCGGAGCCGUGCGCGCGCCCGAAGGCGAGGUGACGAUCGUGUUCACCGACAUCACGCGCGCCGCCUCGCUCUGGGAGUUCAACGCUGCCGCCAUGCGCGACGCCACGCUCCUCCACAACGAGGCCCUGCGUAGCGCGCUACAGGAGCACCGCGGCUACGAGGUGGUGUUCCUGCGGGACCGGAACAGCGGCGAGGGCUCGUUCUGCAUGGCCUUCCAGAGCCCGGCCGACGCGCUGGCCUGGUGCGCCGACGUGCAGCGCAGCCUGCUAGCCGUGGCCUGGCCCGAGGUACUGCUGGAACACCCGGGCGCGGCCGAGGAGUGGGGCGACAUCGACGACCGGGUGCUGUACAAGGGCCUGCGGGUGCGCAUGGGCGUGCACGUGGGCGUGCCCAAAGUGGUGCGCGAUCCGAUGACGCGUCGGGUGGAGUACAUCGGGCCGGUGGUCAACGCCGCGGCCCGCAUCACUGCGCUCACACACGGCGGCCAGAUCGUGAUGAGCCGCGCCGUCUACCUCAAGGCCAAGGACACCGAGCUCGGCACCAAGAACAAGCAGCGCAUCCUCGGCCUGGGCUUCUUCGAGAUGCCCGACUCGCCCACCGGCUCGAAGCUGUACGAGAUUAAGGCGGAGGGGCUGGAGGGCCGAUUCUUCGGUGGCGUGACCAACGUCGACCCGCGCGCGCCCUUCGCCGGCGACAAGUCCAUUCGACGGGCGCUGUCGAACGAGGCCGAAGAGAUGGACUGCGCGGUCGACAGCGCCAGCGGUGAUGGCGCGUCGGUGAGCAGCCGAAGCAGCGGCGAAGGCGAGAUGCAGACGGCGGUGGGCGAGGGCAUGAUGUUCAAGGAGGACACCUUCCUCACGUCGGCCAACCUGUGCCGCUGGAUCAUCGACUUCGCCGAGAUCCAGGUGGGCAAGCAGGUGGGCCUCGGGUCCUACGGCGUGGUGUUCCGCGGCAAGUGGAAGGGCGUGGAGGUGGCGGUGAAGCGGUUCAUCAAGCAGAAGCUGGACGAGCGGCGCAUGCUCGAGUUCCGCGCCGAGAUGGCCUUUCUGUCGGAGCUCCACCACCCCAACAUCGUCCUCUUCAUCGGCGCGUGCGUGAAGAGGCCCAACCUGUGCAUCGUGACCGAGUUCAUGAAGCAGGGCUCGCUCAAGGACAUUCUGCUCAACAACGCCAUCAAGCUCCCCUGGCUGCAGAAGUUGCGCAUGCUGCGGUCGGCCGCGCUGGGCAUCAACUACCUGCACUCACUCCACCCGGUCAUCGUGCACCGCGACCUGAAGCCGUCCAACCUGCUGGUGGACGAGAACUGGAACGUGAAGGUGGCCGACUUCGGGUUCGCGCGCAUCAAGGAGGAGAACGCCACGAUGACCCGGUGCGGCACACCCUGCUGGACGGCGCCGGAGGUCAUCCGCGGGGACAAGUACGACGAGCGGGCCGACGUGUUCUCCUUCGGCGUGGUCACGUGGCAGGUGCUCACGCGCAAGGAGCCCUUCGCCGGGCGCAACUUCAUGGGCGUGUCGCUCGAUGUGCUCGAGGGCAAGCGGCCCCAGAUCCCCAACGACUGCCCGCCUGAUUUCGCCAAGGUGAUGAAGAAGUGCUGGCACGCCACGCCCGACAAGCGGCCCAAGAUGGAGGACGUGCUGGCCUUCUUUGACCGAGCCAUUGGCGAUGACACCUCCGUCCUUCGCGAAUCUAUCGUGUAA